AUAAAUAUUUGUGAGCUACGUCGUAUCAGUGUUAAUGCGAAUAAUACAAAAGACGCAGUACGUAAACCAGUUCAGUGUUCAGAAUAUCGCGGCCACAGAUUUUUUCAAGAAAAUAUAGUAUUUUGUCAAAAACCAUUCCAAACCGAUGAACAAUGAAACGCGCAUUCAAAGAGCAGCACGCAUUCCUGAAGCGCAAACAGGAAGGAGAUGAAAUACGUCGCAAGUAUCCGGAGCGUGUGCCCAUCAUCGUCGAAAAAGCGCCCAAGGCACGGAUCGGUGAUUUAGACAAGAAAAAGUAUCUUGUUCCAUCGGAUUUAACGGUGGGACAGUUUUACUUCCUGAUUCGUAAGCGAAUCAACCUGAGACCGGAGGAUGGUUUGUUCUUUUUUGUAAACAAAAUUAUUCCAACAACAUCGGCCACCAUGGGCUCGCUGUAUGAGGAGCAUCACGAAGAGGAUCAUUUCUUGUAUAUCGCAUAUUCGGAUGAGAACGUAUAUGGGCGGCAGUAGAAAUCGGGAAAAAGCAGUUUACAAAGUGAACUCUGAUUGUUUUACAAGUCUUGUAAUAAUGGUGCGAAAAUGACGUAGUAUCCAAAUAAAAGUAUUAUUCAUCCUUUAA